UUUACGUUUAUCAACGAUCAGUCGAACGUAUGCUCCGAAAAUAUUUACAAACAGUUCUUCGUCGUUUUCGAAUGUUCCGUUCGAUAAUUAAUUGUUGAAUACGCCAGAAAGUGAACGUUUAAUCUCAAUUAUUUUACUUGAUCAUUUUCGUUGCAUCGCCUGUAAAAAUUUGAGUCUACAGGCGUUCUUCCAGAGGUAGAGUUACUGCUGUUAAUAAUACUGAUCAACCAGUAUUUCAAUCAUAAUUUGGCCACACACACGUCUCAAACUGUUGCACUUAAGAGAACGAAGCUCAUAACGAAAAAAUGACUAAACAAACAGACCCUGAAGGAAAUGCAUAUGCUUUUAACGAAGAAGAUUUGCCUUAUGAGGAAGAAAUAUUGAGAAAUCCUUAUUCAGUGAAACACUGGCAAAGGUAUAUAGACCAUUUAAAAACAACGAAAAGCACCAAUUUGAAUGUUGUGUUUGAGCGUGCCCUCAAAGAAUUACCAGGAAGUUACAAACUUUGGCACAAUUAUUUGCGAGUCAGAGUGAAACAAGUGAAAGGACGUUGCAUAGCCGAUCCGAUAUACGAGGAUGUCAAUAAUGCUUUCGAAAGAGCCCUCAUAUUCAUGCACAAAAUGCCUCGUAUAUGGAUGGACUAUUGUGGAUUUAUGACUAAACAGUUCCACAUAACACGUACCAGAAAAAUUUUUGAUCGUUCUCUCAGAGCGCUCCCAAUUACCCAGCAUCAGCGCAUCUGGCCUUUAUACAUUGAUUUCGUCACGAAAAGUAACAUUCCUGAGACAGCUGUACGAGUCUUUCGACGUUAUCUGAAGUUGGCCCCUGAGGAAACUGAAGAAUACAUAGAUUAUUUAAUAUCUAUUGGGAGAUUAGACGAGGCAGCAGUCAAACUGGCUCAAAUAGUCAACCAAGACGAUUUUAUUUCAAAACACGGAAAAUCGAAUCAUCAACUGUGGAAUGAGUUGUGCGAUUUGAUAUCGAAAAAUCCGUCACGCAUCAAGUCCCUGAACGUUGAUGCCAUUAUUCGAGGAGGCUUAAGACGAUACACCGAUCAAUUAGGACCGCUGUGGAAUUCCCUCGCGGAUUAUUAUGUUCGCAGUGGGUUGUUCGAACGAGCUCGAGACAUUUAUGAGGAAGCUAUACAAACAGUAACCACGGUGAGAGAUUUCACGCAAGUCUUUGACGCGUACGCUCAAUUCGAGGAACUCAGUCUCAGUAAACGAAUGGAAGAAGUAGCAAAAAAUACAAAUUCGGACGAAGAAGACGAGAUAGAUUUAGAACUUCGACUAGCCAGAUUCGAGCAUCUCAUGGAAAGACGGUUGUUAUUGUUGAAUUCUGUUUUACUACGCCAAAAUCCUCAUAAUGUUCAAGAAUGGCAUAAAAGAGUGAUGCUCUACGAGGGACAACCGCACGAGAUUAUUAAUACGUAUACGGAAGCGGUUCAGACGGUGGAGCCUCAACUCGCAGUUGGAAAACUCCACACACUGUGGGUCGCUUUUGCCAAAUUUUAUGAAGAAAACGGUCAAGUCGCCGACGCCAGGGUCGUCUUUGAAAAAGCGACGCAAGUUCCGUACACGAAAGUUGAUGAUUUAGCAUCUGUGUGGUGCGAAUGGGCGGAACUGGAAAUCAGACAUGGGAACUGUAAAGAAGCUCUCAAACUCAUGCAUAGAGCGACUGCAAUGCCAUCGCGAAAAGUGGCGUACCACGACGAAACCGAGACUGUUCAGAUGAGGCUCUACAAGUCACUUAAAGUAUGGUCAAUGUACGCUGAUUUGGAAGAGAGUUUCGGCACAUUCAAAACGUGCAAAGCCGUGUACGACAAAAUAAUCGAUUUAAAAAUCGCGACUCCUCAAAUUAUCAUAAAUUACGGACUUUUCCUCGAAGAAAAUAAUUACUUUGAGGAAGCGUUUAGGGCGUACGAAAAAGGAAUCGCGCUGUUCAAGUGGCCAAACGUCUACGACAUUUGGAACACGUACCUCACGAAAUUCCUUCACAGAUAUGGGGGCACUAAAUUAGAAAGAACUCGCGACUUGUUCGAGCAGUGUCUCGAACAGUGUCCCAGCAAAUAUGCAAAAGCCUUAUAUCUAUUGUACGCAAAAUUAGAAGAGGAUCAUGGACUCGCGAGACACGCGAUGUCAGUUUACGAGCGAGCCACGAGUGCUGUUCUCGACGAGGAAAAGUUCGAGAUGUUCAACAUUUACAUAAAGAAAGCUGCUGACAUUUACGGCGUGCCAAAAACACGAGAAAUAUACGAAAAAGCUAUCGAGGUCCUCAACGAGGAAAAUACUCGAGAAAUGUGUCUUCGGUUCGCUGAAAUGGAAACGAAACUCGGAGAAGUCGAUCGUGCCAGAACGAUUUACGCCCAUUGCAGUCAGAUCUGCGAUCCGCGGGUUACUUCAAACUUUUGGCAAGUUUGGAAAGAAUUCGAAGUCCGUCACGGUAACGAGGACACGAUGAGAGAGAUGCUGAGAAUCAAACGCAGUGUCCAAGCAAUGUACAAUACACAAGUCAAUAUGAUGAGCGCCCAGAUGCUCAAUAGCGCAGCGAUCCAAGCUUCUGGUCAAACAGUCGAUGCGAUGCGAUUAUUGGACAGCAAAGUUGCGAUUCCUGCAGAUGGUGGUGGUGUUCAAGCGGCACCGAAAGAUAGUAUCAAAUUUGUACGCGGCGUUACGGAAGGAAGUGGCGCUGCGGAAGCGCACGUUGUCAAUCCUGACGAGAUGAACAUCGACAUGGAUGAUGACAACGACGAUGAUGACGAUAAUGAAGCGGAGGCUGAAGAAGAUGUUCCCAUCGAGCAGCAGACGAUUCCAUCGCAAGUUUUUGGAAGUUUAAAAAUUAACGAAGCAGAUACCGAAGCUGAUUGAAACAACCGAUUGUAGAUAAAUUAUUGAUUAAUGUAUUAUAAAAAUGAAUUUUUACACCA